AUGCACUUCCACCCCGACAGGACGGCACAGGUGCUGGAGGCCACGUUCAAGAAGGAGGUGGUUUCCGUUGCGCUCGACUGGGAGGUAACCGAUGUCAUCUGCUUCAUAGCUAGGUGGACUUCCCAACUGCCAGAAUCGGACAGGAGAACCCGCGAAGCCGCUCUUCCCGGCCUGGUGCUCUACUUCCUCCGCAAUACCCCUCCGAAAUGGUUGCAGCUCCACCAGUGGGUCCUUGGCCAGGCCAUCAGCGUCUGUAAUGCCAGCACCGCGGCCGAGUUGUGUGAGGCACUCGAGAAGAACUCCCACGAGCUCCAUUUCAACACGAAGCUGAAACUCGCACACCGCCUUUCAAAGGAACGGGAGUAUACGCUGAUGGCGCUCCGCCUCCUCAAGUCAGUCAUUUCCAAAGACGGGCUGAGCGCCAACGACCGCCGUUGCGCGGCCCUCGCUACCUCGCUCCUUCAGUUGCCCCCAACCUGGGGGGAAGGCCGCGCUCCGCUAGUCGAGAUGACUCUGAUCGCCGAGGUUUUUGAGCAGCUUGUGGGCUUGGGCUUCUCUCCAAACCCUAUAACAAGCACAGGUCUGAUCCGCUCGCUCUGCUUGGCCGACCAGCUCGACACGGCCUUCAAGGUUUAUGAUGUCAUGCGCGGCCAAUGGAGCGACUAUCGUGUCUUCCCCUAUCUUCUAAGUGGUGCCGCACGCACCGGCAGUCUCGAAGCCGUCAUCCGUGUUCUCCAAGACGCACCUGUCAAAGUCUUGGAGAAACGCGACGUUUGGCACGAAGUGAUCCAUACCAUACAUUCGGCUGCAAAAAAAGAAGCCAAAAUCAAACGGUACAAGUACGCCGACGGCAACCCAGCCUUCCACUCUAUGCUCCGGGUUUACUGCAAGUUCUUCGACCUAGCGCCCCUCCAGAGGCUCAUACCCCUCAACUUGCAUCGCUACCUGGAGGAAGGCGACCGGAAUCGCAACAUUGAACGCUGGGAUUGGGAGGCGAAGCUGGCCGUCUUCGUUGACAGACUGCCCAUUCUUCCGCGAGGUGAAGCUGUUGCCCCUAGCAUCAGGACUCUGGGUACCAUGCUGCUCGGCUACGCCAGGAGCUUCCCCCAAACACGCCGCGCCAUGGAGUUCUACUCGCACUUUCGGAAGCUACUUCGGGAGGGCGACAGUACCGCUAUCCGUUUGCUGCGCCAAACCACCCUCCCUUAUGAUAUCGUGCUCAAGUCCCUUUCAGAGCGCACGGGCAUGCUUCGUGUGAUGACUGAUAUUGUCAGAGACAUGCUCAAGGAUGCCACCAGCUCGGUCCUUACUCUCCGCAGAGAAGCUAAGCCCGCGACACUCGAACUCAAAGAGCCGACCAUCGUUCCCUUCUACCAUCCGCCGCCGAGCGUCUGCUCUUGGUCCAUUCUUUUGUACGCCUUCUCCCGCGAGCGCGGCGCACGCAACGCCGCCCGCAUCCUCGAUCUGAUGCGCGAGAACGGCAUCCAGCCCAACCGCGUGACUUGGAACACGGUCGCGUCCGGCUAUGGCCGCACUCAGGACUCCAAGCGGCUCGCCGGGGCGCUUUACCUGCUCGAGGCCGACGGCUACCAUCCCGACAGGCACACCGUCCGUGCUGUGGCCAAGCUUCGGCAGUACCAGGACAUCCUCGACCAGAUGGAGGACCGCAUGGAGCAG